AUGCACCGCGCCUGUGCCUGGUUUUGCCACCUCUCUUCCUCGAGCCGCAGUUUUGUGGGGGAAACGCUUCAGCGUCGUCCGGGCGCGUCGCUCCUUGACAUCCUCGCGGCGUGGUGCUCGCAGGAAAGCUUGAACGCCGGCUCCAGCGAUGCUCACGCGGCGCGAGAGGCCGCUCGGGGCCCGACAGGCGGCUUUGAUACUGCCGAGGUGCAGUUGCUCAAUAAACUGCGCGAGGACGCCAUUAAGUUUGGCUGGCACCGACACCUGCAACUUUGUUCAGUGGCCCACUUUGCGGCCGAACUGGGCAGUACUUAUUUACUGGAGUUGCUUUCCUCACAAGGGGUGACGCUGCACGCGGACCACCGCGACGACGCACAGACGUCGCAGGAGGGAUCCCACGCUCGGUGUGUGACACUCGAGGCGGUGGUGCUUUCUUGCCCUGACGUGAAUGGACGUUAUCUUUCACAUUUGGCCGCCCAGAACGGGCACUUGGAUUUCCUGCAGCGCCUGGUUGAGUGCUUCGGUCCCGAGGCGGUAUUGGGGCAGCGCACCGCCGAAGGUGGCCCGCGAAGAAGUGGCGCAGCGACGUCGCUGGAUGUGUACGGUGCCGCGUUUGUGUACGGCCAGGACCCAAUUUUGGCGUGGAUGGAGCGCGCCCAUCCCACGCACACAUUUGGUGCAGCUGAGGAGGAUGCGUUGUACUGCGUGCAACGCGCAGGCGCGUUUGGGCAGCUGGGAUCCCUAGCGCAUUUCCUGCGGCGUCAUGGGGCCGCGUGCCACACAACCCUUCGAGAGGCCUUCUACCCUGCCGCGGAGGCAGGCGCCGGCGAGGUGUUGGAGUUUCUUGUGGAAACACUCGGCUCGGAUGCCCUGUGGUGCCCCAGCGACACGGGCGCCACCGUGCUCCACCACGCUGCCCGGCUGGGGCGCGUCGAGUUGCUGGACGGGGUUCUCCAGCGGCACUGCGUCGAACAGCACGUGGACGACGCAGACAACUGCGGGCGCACCCCCGCGAUGUGGUGCGUCAUGGGCGGCAAGCGGCGGAGCAACGUGGAGUUUCUGCGGCGGCUGCUGGAGUUGGGCUCGCAGUGGCCCACCGCCACGGACCACGGCGGCCGCAGUGUGGGGUCGUUUGCGCGACUGCACCAUGCACCCUCCUCGAAGCUGCGGAGGUUCGUCACACGGUGCAUUGCCGCGACGCGGGGCCCGGGAUGA